UCUUUUAAAACUCACCAGUGUUAAACUUCAAACGUGAAGCAUGAUUGUCGGUGUCAACAGCGUUUUGGUUCUUGUAUUUUGUUUUGUGACAAUUGAAAUGUUACAAGCAUCACAAACCGGUGAGAUAGUAUUUGAGUUAGCUACCGUUGACUAUGAGUGGAAAACUGAGUGGGAAAAACAGACACUUUUGUUCAAUGGCAAUUAUGUUGUCGAAAAUAACAUAAUCACAGGGAUAAAGGUACAUAAAGAUGACGUAUUUGUAACGGUUCCGAGAUGGCGCCAAGGAGUUCCUUCGACUCUAAACGUGCUUGUUCCUCGAACAGGAAAGUCGCCCGUUUUGCGGCCGUUUCCUAGUUGGGAAAUGAAUAAAAUUGGCGACUGUGAUGCAUUUCAGUAUGUUCAGAGUAUGGAAGUAGAUCCGAACACAGGGUACAUGUGGAUUAUUGAUAUUGGGAAGGGCUCUCCAUUACCCUCACAGAAAAACUGUCCACCAAAACUGGUUGUUAUAGAAAUUGCAACAAAGAAAAUGAUAAAGAGCUAUACAUUCCCGGCAAACGUAGUUUCUCCAGUAUCCAACUUUAUGAAUGAUAUUAUGCUGGAUUAUGUUCAAGGACAAGCACGCUACGCAUACAUCACCGAUACACGUGACGCAAAAUUGUAUGUUUAUGACGUCAUCAAUAAUAUGUCGUAUUUUUUCGUUCACGAAACAAUGAAGGCACAACCUCUCAUACCUGGUUUACAAGACAAUCUGAUAUCUGCUCCAAUUGAUGGUAUUGCAAUGUCUGCAGAUUUUAAGUUUGUGUACUAUACCCCAUUGACAACGCAUAAACUAUACGCCGUCCCAACGUCAAUACUACGUAACAAAAGCUCAGAAUUUGGCAGGCACGUAAUAAACGUCGGAAACAAGAGCGGUGGUUCGGAUGGAAUGGUUUGCGGACAGAGAUCAAUAUUUUAUGCAGGAUUUGAACAGAACGCUGUCUAUAAAGCAACCGUACCUAAAAAUGACGUUGUUUCUAUGGGUACAGAAACGUUGCUUGUUGCAAACAAUUCUUCUGUUGUUUGGGUGGAUACUUUUGGUUUUAAUGGAACAGAUCUUUGGUUUGUUGCCAAUAAACUGAAUUAUUUUAAUAAACAUAAAAUGAGUUUCUCUGGAAAUGUCACAAAUAUGUUUAUAUGGAAGAUAAAUGUGGAUGAAAAUAGCUAUUUGUACAGGGCAAUUGAAAGAACCGCGAAAUCGAUGGUACCGGGGUUGUUUGGUUGAAUGUAAAGAAAAUGAAUAUUUUUAGGAAAUGAUUAAUUCUUACAUCAUUAUACGAAUGACUAGUGACGAUUUUUGAAUUUCAGACUUCGCACUCUCAUAGAUAAUCUGUUAAAAGUAUGAAGUUUGAACGUAAAGUGUGAUGAGUAUGGUAUGAAUUUCGAUGUUUGAAUUCUGAAGUUUGAUAUUGGAAGUAUGAAGUUUGUAGUAUGAAGUCUUAAGCGUGAAUGUUUUUGAAGUCUAAAGU